UCACGGCAGCUGGUUCGUCAGUCAGAAAGGCGGGGAGCAGCGGAAGGAUAGGGGCCGUCCUCCUCUGUAACGACGAGCUCCCCCUCCCCCCCACACACACCCACCCCGAAACAACCCUCAUCCCUUUUUUCAGGAGCCUGUUUUUUCCUUUCAACUUUCUCCGUCCGCGCGCGCCCCCAAACACAUCCAGCCGCGUGAGAGGAUAACGAGGACGCCCGCCUGUGGAGACUGACAUCCCACGCGCGCAUCCUGGUGUUUCUGGACCGCCACGGUUGGAGAUGCGCUGUCAUUCACCGAUGAGCGUCAUGCCGGCUCCCGCCGCUUCCUCCAUUCUUCCUUCUGGUUCGACUGGACCGGUUCGCGCGCGGGAAGGGAAAGUUUGAGAGCCUCUCCUCCGGUUCCGGCUCACCUGGCCGCCCGCCCCGCGGACAGAAGAACUCCUCCAGAACUGCUGCUCUGGUAUUCAGACGGGUUUCUUUGUGCGCAAUGUUGAAGGGAACGGCGUGAAGGAUGUUCGCGCGGUGGGUUGGAGCGAGCCUGGAACUGCACGGUUCCGUCCACCUCUUUUAAGCCGAAUCUAGUGGACUUUGGUGGAAACUCAUCCUGAUGGGAGGAUUCCCGGAGGACUGAGGCGGAUCCGAAAAGAAAAAUGUGGAUAAAACGGAGUUUUACGCGCAGUCAGACCGCCCUGAGGCCAAGCGGCUGCGUGGGGCGCCGGGUGUGGAUCCUGCUGGCCAUGACUCACCUCACCCUGGACUUCUCUGCGUGCAGUCCCCUCAGUCAGGGUGCCAAGUUCAUAUCCAAGGUGGCACCUCGCUCUCGUCCUCGCUUGCAACCCCUCUGGGAUAUGCCUAACAAGCUUCACUGGAGAACAGUGAGCCCUUUGGCCCGGCGGCUCCUCCACCCUGUUCCUCCACCCCAGGACAACAGGGUGGGGGGGGGGCAGAAGGUCAAAGGUCAGUUUCGUAAGGCGGCGCAUAAAGGACAAACGGUGUGUAAGGAGUGCCGUUUGGAAGACUCCCAGAUGGAGACGGCUGAUCCUCUGACUGGAAGGGCGGAGGUUGCUGCAGCUUUACCUCAGAAGAGGUUGUUCAUCAGAACUCGGAGGCAGCUCAAAUGGGACAACUACGACCGUCCUCAGGAGGGUCGGACUACUACGGUGGCAGGAUUUAUUGACUGGGGGCCAACAGGGACUGACAGCGUUGACGAAAAUGGCAAAGGGGGUUCCAAUGUAACUUUGUCAACCAGAGGCUCGUCUGUCACCACGGCAACUACCGCUGGCACCACCACCAGGCUUUCACAAAGGACGUUCACGGUGGUGACCACACCGGAGUCCAGGAGCACCACCAAGUCCCCCCACAGCCACUCAGAGACUGCCACGCCACCAAGGCAUGGGGACCCCCCAGGUUUGGCAGUUCAUCAGAUAAUCACCAUCACUGUGUCUCUUAUCAUGGUCAUUGCAGCCUUGAUAACAACACUUGUCCUUAAAAACUGCUGUUCGCAGUCUGCAAAUGGGCGCCACAACAGCCAUCAGCGGAAGAUCCACCAGCAAGAGGAGAGCUGCCAGAACCUGACUGAUUUCACCCCGGCCCGGGUGCCCAGUAAGGUGGACAUUUUCACUGCCUACAACGACAGCCUGCAGUGCUCGCACGAGUGCGUCCGGACGGCCGUCCCCAUCUACACGGAUGAGAUGAUCCAGCAGACCCCUGUCUACAAGACUGCUUACAAUGGGAACAGGCCCUCUCCCACUGAAAGGCAACUGAUUCCUGUGGCCUUUGUGUCGGAGAAAUGGUUUGAGAUCUCUUGUUGAUGACCUGGAGGCCUUGAUGAUGUUCUGUUGGAAUAAAAGACAUCUGCUGGGGAUCUCCUGGGAAACAAGAAAACACACAAAGUGACUCUUUUGUAAAAUAGUGUGAGCACUUCUUGGACGAUGCUGAAGAUUUUUAUUUUUUUAGAGAUUAGAGUUAAAGCAGCUCCAGCGCUGACGCUCCGUCUCUCCAGGAUCCUGCAGUCAUUUAGAUUUAGGUCAUAUAAAGAUGGAGUGCAGAAGGAAGCAGACUGUGGACGUCGUGGAAGUCUGGAGGAGAAGACAGGAGGCUGCAAAGCUGCUUUGGCAGGAAGAUGAACUGUUUUCUGAACAAUGUGCCAAUAAUGCCAAUAUGUGCCACACCAUGAAGGGAUGGAAAAGCUGGACGCCGAAGUACUGCGCUGGGAAUGAUGUGGUAGUGCCACGUCAACUCCUGCUACAUCGUGGUGUUUUUCUAUGUUUUAUAAGGAAAUGUGAAAGUUAAAAAGGCCACAAAUGUGUUUGAAAAUAUGUGAAAUAAUUUUACGAAAUGUGUUCCAAAAGAGUCUAAAAGAUAUUUAUAUGAAUCAAUAUUCUGUCAGUGUGUUGUGGAGCGGUAAAGGCUUUAUUAGAGAGUUGACUUAGACAAUUAUUUAUAUCAGCCACAUUUGAAACCUUGAAAAGUAUAGUUAUUAUAUUUAUUUUUGUAUACAGAUGAGCAUGUCGCCCCACCCUCAGCCAAAACAGCUCGGCACCCACAUUCGCUCCCUUUGAUCUGACUAUGAUCCAGUUCAGUUUACUGUCCAAACACCAGGACGUCUCUGCAGCAGCAUUAACCGCACAUACGCUGUCUGCACACAGGGCACUGUGCAAAGCAUGCUGGGACUUUUCUGUGGUCUCAAGUGAGUGUAGGGCAAAGUAAAAGAUAAAUGGAUUCUUAAAAUUAGAAAUUCUAGAGCAGAUUUGUUGAAAAUGAAUCAAGAGCAGAGUGGGUUAAAAUCUGCAGCUCUGAUAUCAGGACCUGCAGGUGUGAAGGUCAGACCAGGUCCAGAUCAGGCCCAGACCAGGUCCAGAUCGGGUCCAAACCAGGUUCACACCAGAUCCAGAUCAGGUUCAGACCAGGUCCAGAUCAGGUCCGGAUCAAGUCCAGAUCAGGUCUGGAUCUGGUCCAGAUCAGGUUCAGACUAGUUAAAUCAGCACCAGACCACGUCCAGACAAGGUCAUAACCAAGUCUAGAUGAGUUCCAGACUAGGUCAAGUCCAGAUCAGGUUUAAAUCAGGUGUAGGUUGCGCUCCCACCAGGUCCAGAUUAGGUCCAGGUCAGGUCCAGACCAGGUUCAGAUCAAGUUUAGAUCAAGUUCAGACCAGGUCCAGAUCCCUGGAGUCCUUGCUGACCGUUUCCAGAACUGUAGCUGUUCUCUGGCCAAACGCUGAUGAGGUGUUGGACGGGCUGCCUAACAUCCAUACAAACACCACAACAAACAGGCAUGGGCAGUUUUUAUGGAAGACGCAGACCCCCUCUCAGUGCUUUGCCACAGUCUUCAGCUGUCCAUCACAUCAAGUUCCGCCCCAGGCUGGGUUUUCUGACAGUUCUGUUUCGGUCUGACCUCUCUGGUCCUGUGGUUCUGGAGUGUCACAGGUUGGAGUCCAAGCAGUAUCACUGGGUAUCAGACAGGAAGUCUAGGCGACCCCCCCCCCUUCCAUGGGACCAGUCUGUGUGAGCGCCCCCAGUUUAAAACACGGGUGCAAAUCUGCUGCUUUGGCCCUGUCACCCCCCCAUGAGCGGCCCGCCCCAGCCUGGCAUGGGCAGGUCACAUCCUUAAUAUAUAUAUAUUUUUUUUUAUUGAGAGCGUCCAGAGAGUUGUGGCCACUGCUGUAUAUUACACAGGUGUAAAUGUAUUUUCUAUAUAUUUGCUUCUCUUUGUGUACAGGUGUGUUCUCUUUUGCGAACCUCUUCCUGUUUGGAAAAGGUUCCGGUUCUGGUCCGGUCGGGGAUAGUGUCCUUGUUUACAUGUGUAUCUGCUGUAUUUUUGGGGGAAAUGUGCCACUGUCCAACAGGACUUGUAUUAUAACUUUAGCCGAGCGAGUCAAACUUCAGUAGAUGCUGUUGUAGUUUACAGAUGGGGGGGUGGUGGUGACCGGGUUCUGGGUUCUGCUGUUGUCUCGGUCCACUUGAAAACAAACAAUAAUCAGCUUUUGUCAAAGGGAGGUGAGUUGUGGGGGGUGGGGGUUUUCAGAGGAAGGAUCCAGAACAGGAAGUGAAGGAGCAGAUCCAGGAAAGGAACUAAAGUCCGUCUGGACUCGUGACCUCUGUGUGAGCAUGAAGCUCUGUGUUAGCUGCCGUUAAACCUGGCUGACAGGAAGAACUUUUUUGAGUACCGCUGUCGCGGGGUUCUCUUAAGAGUCCAGGAAAAAUCAGCCAAACAGGAGGCAAGCCAGGAGAGAUUCCAUUGUGUUUUUCUUUUUAAUAAAGUCGUUGGGUUUUACAAAAAUAAAGCAGGGUUGAGGACAAAAUGACAGACCCAAAAUAAAUCCAAUAAGUUUUUAUCUGGUCACUUUAUGUUCAAAAACUCAGACUGGCACUUCUUCUGCCUGUUUCUCUUUCAGUUACUCACGGCCAUUGUGAGAGAGAAGUACCUCCAUUUAUACUCCUUCUGGCCACUCCCACCUAAUUAAGCAUUUCACUCAGAAUAUUAUCUUCCACAAAAUACUACAUUUAAACAAUACGUUUCAAUAAGUUCUUCUAUUAACUUCAGAUUCUAAUUAACAGUAUUGAAAUACAAUUAAUCCAUUUAAACUAUAACAUGCAAAAAUAAAGAAACAACAACCAAACAAUUUAAAUUAGAAACAGCUGUCUCAAAACUGACAUCAAAAUUAUAUAAACAGGAAAAACAAAUCCCUCGGUUUGGCUGUCAGUGAAGGUGGGGAAAAAGGGGGGCGUGGCUAAAACGCCGUGCUGCAGAGCCGCGGUGAGUAAAUGUUUGUAUGUGUGUGUAUGCGGAAACCUAGCGAUGACCAAGUGUGCACCCAAGGUCUAAACUGUAAGAAAUGAAAUAUACUUUACAAGAUAAUGUGGUUGGAUAACAGCAGAGUUGGAUUAUGACAUGGAUGCGCGCGCCAGCGUGUAGGUGUGUGUGUGUGUGUAUGUGCGUGUGCUCACUGCGCUCACUCAGACGGAGGGACAGAGCCGCUCCGUCACAACCGCCCUCCAAACAUGGCCUCCAAGAAAAGGGAUAAAUGUUGAAAAGUCUUUCCUGAGCUGAAACCCUGUUUUCAGGUUGUGGCUGUCGUGACCCUCACUCUGAUCAGCCUCUCCUCAGAAGUCAAACCUUUUGGAAGCCAUGUGUUCUGAGUGGUGACUUCAUGGUUUUCUGUUCCUCAUAGUUGCUGCUGAGUUUUUGGCAAUCUGCAAGACAGCAUCUUUGUCUUUUUUGUUUCUCUGCUAAAAAAUAAAGCUCUGUGAUUUCUCCAGACUUUCCUAAACUUUGUCCCAGAAUCUGUAGGUUAGCUCAGAUCAUUCAGGUCUUGUUUAGGUUGGCAAGCAGCUGCAGGUGGGAAGAAGCUCUACUUCCUGGAGAUAAAGACAGUGAGGCGCCAUGACUUUCCUCCAAGUGGGCGAGAAGGUCUGGAGACGUCAGCACAAAAACAAGCCGAGGAAAUGUCUCACCUCUUAGUUAUCGACUCUGAAAGCAUGAAUGUCAUUUACUGCUGAAAGAGAACCAAUGAAAGCGUAGUCAUGUUGGACUGAGAAGGCUGCAGAGGGCGGGGCUUUUCCCGUUUGUGCCUCUUCAUUAACCCGUGAAGCACCACUCUCCUUUCAGCACAAACAGGUUCUCCAUCAGGCGGGCUCCUGCUGCCAACAUGAAGUAUGUCCUGCAUUCUCGCCAGCCGUGACUCCUGUUUGCGUUUCAGACGUACAUUCGUGUUUUCCAUGGACUUGAUUGAAGAUUCCCAAACUUUGAUCUCCCACUUCCUGCCCAGAAGCCUGCGGAGAAGCGGAGCAGCUUAUUGACGGGGUUUAAUCAAAGUGUGCUGCUGUCCGCUUUGUCCAGGAGGCCAUAAAUCUUUCUGAAUCUAUUUCUUGGCUGUGAGGAAAUGCUGCCCUUCAUUUUCUCUCAUGAGUCCAGCAGGAUCACACACUGUGCGCUUACUGUAUUUACCGGGGGGGUGCACGGCUCGGUAACAGUGCGACUUUUUCAGUUCAUAAGAGCUAAACCACUGUCGGUGCUUCUUCAUGCUGUCGGAUAUGGAACCGACUCCCUGCUUCUCCACAAGCUUCUCCCAGAAGGCCCUUAGGACAGCUGGACAUGGAGAAAACUCCAUAGAGGUCAGAGCUCAUCGGGUUUAGAUGUUUCAUGUUCUUCAGGGUGGAGAUGUCCACCUUCAAUCACAAACCAUUAAGACCAUGAACAACUAAAGUUGUGUUGUUGCCAUAAAACUGAAGAGUUUGUACUUUGUGACUCUUUAACCUUUUAUAAUUGUGUUUAAUAUAUCAAUGAGUACCUCUGUUAACUUUUGUAUAAGAUCUAUAAUCUCUAAACUCACAUCCACCGAAGAGGAGCAAGUCAUUGCUGCGACGGCUUCAUGUUGUAGAACUUUCAUUUUCAGUCUUCUGAGCCACAUUUUUCUUUUUGUAGUAAACAUUCAGACUUCCAGGUGACUUUUAUUUGUAGUACUAAGCUCUGUAUUUGCAAGCACUGUAAAUGCGAUUCUCAUGGGAUUUGUCUUCUGUACAUUUAGUACUCUGAUGUUACUCUUAAUAAAACGUCAAAAAUA